AUGGACGCCGACGGCAACCCGACCGCUUCGCCGCUCCGAGCUGUUGCUUCCGGCCUGCUCGCGCGAUUCAAGCCCGGAGCCCCCGCGCCAGCCAAGUCCGCCAAGGACCCGGAGGCGGAGGAAGCAGCAGCAGGGGCUGCUAGGCUCCCCGGCAGCACGAGUCGAUCCAGCAGCACCAGCAGCACGCCCACUUCCGCAGGCACCCCCAGCGCCUUCGGCCGCGGGGGUACAGGCGCGGCUGGGGCCACCGGCAGCGGGAGCAGCAGCGGGGCGGGUCGGAGGAAGGAGGAGGAGGAGGGCAGGGCGCGGCACAGAGUCCCGGGGGCAAAAAAGACCGCCAGUGGCGCUGCUCCCGCUGGUGGCUCAGCAGGGGGGGGCGCGGACCCGGGGGGGGACGGGCUGCUGCGGACGGUGUCUGGCGCGUCCUCUGACUCGUCUAAGGGCAGGGGCAGGCGCGCAGCCGCGCAGGGGGAAGGGGGGGAGGAGGGGCGCGCGGGGCGGGUGAGGGGCGGCGGACUGGUGGAGCACGCGGAGGGGAUGGAGGGGGCGCAUGAUGACGAGGACGCUCACAAAAAGAAGAAGGAGGCCAAGCGCUCUGCGCGGAAGGAAGCCCUAGAAGAAAUGCGCGCGGAGGUGGAGCAGCUGCGGGAGCAGCUGAGGGACGCGGGGGAGAAGGCCAAGGACGCGGACGACAGGGUGCGCGAGGCGGACGACAGGGCGCGCGAGGAGGCGCGGAAGCGCCAAUACGUAGAAGCAGUAAUGGCGGAGCUAGAAGAGCAGAUGCAGGCGGAGACAGGCAGGCGGGAAGCCGCGGAAAAGGCGCUCAAGGAGGCGCGGCGGAAACUGGAACGCGCGGAGGGGGGCGCGGAGGGCGCGGAAGGGAAGGAGAGGCGGGGCGGGGCGGGUGGAGAGGUGGCGGAGCUUGAGGAGCGGUUGGAUGAGGCGGAGAGGCGUUGGGAGGAGGAGAGGGACCGGGCUUUGGAGCUAGAGCAGGAGUUACAGAUGGUAGAUGAGGAGAUGAAACUAGAGAGAGAGUCUAUGAGGGAAAGUAUGGCUGCUUAUGCUAAGGGCAUGGAGGACUUGGCUACUCAAGCAGAGGAUGAUUUUAGGAGGCAGAUUGACGAUUUGAAGGAUGACCUGGAACGGGCGAAUGCUGAGCUGGACGCGGUUAGGGAUGAGCUGGACAGGGCGAAUGGUGACGUGGAGCGGGGAAGGGAUGAGCUGGAGAAGGCGCGGGAUGAGGUGGAGGGCAUGCGCGCGCGGGUGGAGGAGGCGGAGCGGACGGCGCAGGCUGCUGUGCGGAAGGUGCUGGAGGAGAAGGGGCGGCGGGAGGAGGCGGAGGGGGAGGCGGAGGAGUGGCGAAAGAAGGCGGAGAGCAGUGCGCGCGGAGAGGGGGGGGGGGCUGGGGGGAGCGGAGAAGAGGGGGAAAAGAGCGAGCAGAACGAGAAGAGCGAGAAGGGUGAGAAGAGCGAGAAGAGUGAGGAGGAGGGGAAGGCAGGGGCGGGGAGAAUUAUGGAGUUGGAGGGUGAAUUAGAGGACCUACGAGACAGGAUAGAGGCUGCUGAAGCACAGAAGGCGAAUCUGCUGGAGCGGUGGGAGGAGGGCGAGCAGCGCAGGCAGGAAGCAGAGCAGCAGCGCGAUAAGGCGGAGGCAGCGAGGAGGGAACUCGAGGCGCAGGUGAUUGAGCUCGAGGCGCAGGUGGUGCAGCAGAGGGAGAAGGUAGAGGAGGCGGAGGGGCGGCAGCGGACGCUCGAAGCGCAGGUGGUGGAGCUGGGCGCGCAGGUGGGGGUGCAGCGGGAGAGGGCGGGGGAGGCGGAAGCGGAAAUGAGGGCGCUUAAAGCUCAACUCGCGGAGCUGGAAACACAGCUGGGGGAGCAGCGGGCAAAGGCGGAGGAGGCAGAGCGAGCAAUGGGGGAACUCGACUCGAAGCUGGGGCAGCAGAGGGAGAGGGGAGGCGAGGCGGAAGGGGAGGUGCGGGAGGUUACUGCAAAGCUGGCGCUGCAGAGGGAACGCGCGGAGGCAGCAGAGAGAGAACUCGAAGAGGUGAAAUCCGAGCUGGGACAGCUGAAGGCCGAGCAAGGGCAUCUGGGACAGCUGCGGGAACGGGUAGAAGAAGCAGAGCGGGAGAGCAGGGAGCUGGAAGGGAAGCUGGAGAGGCAGAGGGUGCGGGCGGAAGAGGCGGAGGGGGCGGCUAGGCGGGUGGCGGACGAGAUGGGCGCGGAGCUGGCGGGCAUGCGCGAGCGCAUGGUGGAGUAUGUGAUGGGGCGUAAGACCGCGGAGCACAGGGAGCGAGAGGCGGGUGUGAGGUGUGAGGAGGAGAGGGGGAGGCGGGAGGAGGCGGAGAAGCGAGUGAGAGAGCUGGAGGAGGAGGUGCAGCAAGGGAAGGUGGCGGAGGAGCGAGUGAGGGAGCUGGAAGAGAGGGUUGCGCAGGCGGCGGUUGUGGGGGCGAGUGCGGGUGGGAGGGUGGAGGGGAGUGUGGUGGAGAGUGUGGACGGGAAAGAGGGUGAAGGGAAGGCGGGUGAGGGGAAGGCGGGUGAGGGGAAGAAGGGGGAGGAAGUGGGGGCGGACGGGGGAGCGGUAAAAGGAGAGGGCGGGGAGUCAGAGCUGGAAGGUCUGAGGAAGCAGUGCGCCCAGGCGUUGAGAGGAGAGGCAGGGGAGUCAGAGCUAGACGAUCUGAGGAAGCAGGGCGCCCAGGCGUUGAGGCAACUAGAGGAUGUAGCUGAGGUGCAAUCAAGCCUAGAGCAAGAGCUAGACCAUCUGUGUCUGGAGCUGCAGCACGAGCAGGAGCUGUCCACGGAGGAGGUGGCUCAAAGCUUCCACACAUCCCUUCCCUACCCACCCAUCGUCUGCAGGCAACUAGAGGACGCAGCAGAAGUCCAGUCAUCGAUGGAACAGGAAUUAGACCAUCUCUAUUUGGAGUUGCAGCACGAGCAGGAGCUGUCCACGGAGGUGGCGCUGGUGGCGGAGGAGGAGUGGCGGGGCAGACAGGACGCCCUCCGCGCGCUCGCAGAGGCGCACAGGCAGCUUGAGGCUCUCGGCGCCCUCGGCAGCGACGCUGCUGCUGCCGCCGCAGCUGCCGCUGCCAGCGGCGGCGCUUCUGUUGCGUUCUCAACUGGUGCUAGUGGUGGCGCUGCUGGUGGGGAAUACGAGGGGCCUGUUGCGGCGGUGAGGCAGGACAGCUGGGCGAGGCGGAGGGCAGGGGACGCGCCCCUGCUGCCUCCGCGCCCAAAGCUCGCUGCUGCUACAGCUGACAGCCCCGGAGGAGAUACCUCUGCUGCUGAGAAGUCAGGCAGAUUACUGCAGCAGCAGCAGCAGCAGCAGCAGGGCGAGAGCAAGGUCGAGGGCAGAGGAUCGGGCGGGUUGGGUCUGGAGCGCACGUCUUCAGACAUGCUGUCGUACGUGCAUGGUGCGUCUGAGCUGCUCAAGGGGCUGGCUCGGCCGGACGAGGGCGUGAGCAUGGGCAUCAAGCUGCUCGCGCUCAAAAAGGGCCUCUCCUACAGCCGCGCUGUCUCCGAGUCCCUGCGCACUGACGCUGGCGUGGCGGGCGCAGGGGCAGGCGGAUCGGGCGAAGCAGGGAGUGUGACUCCUCCUGGUGGGACCAGUGAGGCUGGAGGGGCAGCGGGAGGGGCCGGGACGGCGGCACCAGCAGGGGCGGGGCCGGCAGGGGCAGCACCAGCAGGGGUACCAGCACCAUCACCAGCAGCAGCCACGCACGCAUCUGCCAAGGCAGGGCGUAUCAGUCGCUCUGCCUCGCGGCGGCUGAGCGUGUCGCUGCUGUCCCCGCGCUCAGCAGUGCAGCAGCGGUGGGAGCAGCUGUCAGCGUCCCUCAUUGCAGAGCGCGAGGCGCAGGCGGCUUCAAGGCCCGCCAGGUGGGGCACCUGGCUGCACGACCGCGGGCCUUGGUGGCCCUCUGUUUCCCCUGGCGUCCCAGGUGGUUCUCCAGGUGUUUUCCCAGGUGCUCCAGGGGUUUCGCCAGGUGGUUUGGUGGCGGGAGUGGGUGUGGGCCGGGGGGAACCAGGGGAGGUAGCAGCAGGGGCUGCAGCAGGGGGACAGUCAAGGUAUCGGUCGGCGUUUGUGCACGUGAUGCUACAGCUGUCACUGCACCGAGUGGGUAAGGAGGGCACGGGGGCAAUGGGUGCGGCCACCACAGCAGCAGGGGCCGCAGGGACUGGAGGAGCAGCAGGAGCGAGAGCAGGGGAAGUCAAGAAGCCGUUUCUGCAUAUCUUUGUUGGGGAUAGCGCUGCUAAGGACGAGGGGACUGGGGCGUCAGCAGCCAAGGAAGUAGAUAAGUCAGCAGAGAUUGCAGCGGCUGAGGGUAAAGCACAGGAGCAGACAGAGAAGGAGCAGCAGGCAGCAAAGGAGGCAGCAAAGGAGGCAGCAAAGGAGGCAGCAAAGGAGGCAGCAAAGGUGGCUGAGGAGGAGGCUGAGGACGUGAAUGAGAUGAGUGAGGAGCGGCGGGAGAAGGAAGUAGAGGCUCUAAUGCUCCAAGCAGAGGCACUGAGAGGCACUGUGGCUCUCUGUGGCAGGAGAGCCGUGGACAAGCGCGUGGAGGCGCAGAGAGCAGCAGUGGAGGCCAAGGAAGCAGAGUUAGCACAUGUGAUGCAGCAGCUCAGGACGGUUGAUUCGCGCAUCGAGCAGCUGCUCUCUGCAGAGCCACCCUCCCCUCCCCACGCUGCCCCUGCUCAGAGUGGAGGCUUGUUUGCAGCCACCGGGUCUCUCUUCUCCUCUAUGAUGCCGCGUGCUUCCACCGUCACUCUGCCUCAAGCCUCCAAGGCCCCUGUCGUGGCCAAACCCUCGCCCCAGCCGCUUCAGUUUGCACAGUUACUCUCCCUCUCCCUCACCCCGACUGCGACCGUUCAGUCUGUCAAAAGCAACAGUGCCACCACCACCACCGGCAGCAACACCACGGCACCGCAGUCAACCCAGGCCGCUGCCCUCCCUGCCCCACACCCUGUCGACCUGCCAGAUCAGCAUCUGCCACCUCAGCACGCAACAGCGCAGCAACAACCUCUGGUCGUGGAACUUCAGCCACUCAACGUGCCACAUCAGCAGCAGCACCACCAGCCCCAGGAUCUUACUUCAUACGGGCAGCCCGUCGGGCAGUCUGGGCAGGUUCCCGCGCAGCAGGAAACUUUCUACAGGCAGGACGAGCCAGCAUACCCAGACACAGGAUACAGGUCCGGACACAGGCUCGGGCACGGGUCGUCCGGCGGAGGUUCGCCGAGAUCAGGUUCGGGAGGGCUAGACCCAGGCUCUCCCUAUUCGGACGACUACCCGCCUUCCCUGCAAGCCGUGGACCUGAGGUCGCCUGGGGGGCCCAUGGAUAUGUCCCCGGACUCGAUGGGGGGCUAUGAGGGGCAGGGCGGGUUCGGGUUCGGAGGGUUUGGGCUUAUGACAGACAUCCCUUGA